UUUACAUUAAAAAAACAGAGAAAUCAAUGUGUUCACAUUUUGAUUGGAACAUAUUUUGUAGAGAAAUCAAAUCAAAUCAAACCAACUAUGUUCCAUUAGCUCAAAUCUCAUAGUUUUUUUUUCUUGCUCACUACCUGUUUGAUGAAAUGCCAAGCUGGUGCAGUAUUGCUCAGAUUUGGGUCGAUUUUACGACGAACCGACAGCAUUGAUUUUAAUAAAAUUUUAAGGAAUCUGACUUAAAAUGAAAAAAAAAAACAGACACCCACAUUACACAAAACAUGUUUUGAUAUUGAUGAAUGGUGAAUGAGCUAAAUAGCAUGUCUUUUAUGAAGGGUAAUCUUGCUUUUCUGUUCUUGUAUGAUGUUUGGGUAAGAACAAUGUGAUAGAGAAUAUGAAAGGAAGUGGUGAAAGUUUCUGUUCACUGCCACGGGGAAAAUCAUGAGCCCGACAAAGCUGUUCCUUCCUCUGCAAAGGGAGCUUCUUUGAUUUUUCCUCAGAGAAUUGUUUAUCAAAUCAAUUAUCUUCUCAAUCAAGAAAGUUGUUACUUGAAGAUAAUAGAAAAGAGAGGUCUCAAAGGUAAUGAGCUGUCAGGGCAAAACGUCAAAAGAAUAGGCCAAAAGUGACUGCCUGCACCAUUACUUUGUUGCUUUCUUCCUUGUCCUUUUAAGGAGCGUUUGAUAUGGGCUGUAGAUUUAUAUGAGUUGUGUGACAUUAGAGUAGGGGAAGCAAAAGUGAAAUGAGCCAAGGGGGUGAAGGUAGAGGAGUACAUACCGGACAAGGAAACUCUGAAUUUGUUUCUUGGGGAACUCCAAAUGCUGAUUAUGCUAGUGAAAAGAAGAAGUCCUUGCGAGUUCGCUACGUAUACGCCGUUAUCUUCCUGUUGACGAAUCUCAUUGCUUGGUUUAUUCGAGAUUAUGGGAAAAGGAUUAUACCUCAGCUACGUUAUCUUAAAUCCUGUGGAGCAGGAGGACAAGAUUGUUUUCUCACACUCGGAGUUCUUCGUGUGAGCUUAGGAUGCUUUAUAUUUUUCUUUCUGAUGUUUCUCUCUACGUCCAGAACAAGAAAAUUACACGAACCUCGAAAUGUCUGGCAUUCUAGUUGGUGGAGCUUGAAGUUCUUUGUGUUUAUUGUUUCAAUGUUGGUUCCAUUCUUCUUCCCUCCAGCUCUUAUCCAAUUAUAUGGUGAAGUUGCUCGUGUAGGUGCAGGGAUAUUUCUCCUCCUCCAACUGGUAAGUGUUAUCCAGUUUAUCUCAUGGUGGAACAAGUACUGGAUGCCUGAUGAAAAAAUGAAGCAGAUCUGCUCGCUUGGAUUAUUCACGUCGACGAUCUUUUACAUAGCUUCAUUCUGCGGGAUCGGUUUGAUGUACUCCUUAUAUGUUCCAAAACUGAGAUGUGUUCUCAAUAUAUUCUUCAUUUCUUGGACUUUGAUUCUCCUCAUUGUGAUGAUGGUUGUGUCUUUACAUUCAAAGGUCAAUAGAGGUCUGUUAUCGUCCGGUAUCAUGGCUUCGUAUGUCGUCUUCCUCUGCUGGUCUGCCAUUAGAAGCGAACCGGCGACCGAGAAAUGCAGUGCACAGAAGCAAGAGAGUGGGAAUAGUGACUGGAUUACUAUACUUAGCUUCUUAAUUGCUAUCUGUGCAGUUGUCAUGGCAACCUUCUCAACUGGUAUUGAUUCACAAUCAUUUCAGUUUCGUAAAGACAAGGCGAAAGAGGAAGAUGACAUCCCUUACAAGUAUGGUUUUUUCCAUAUCAUAUUCUCUCUGGGAGCCAUGUACUUUGCAAUGCUCUUCAUCAGCUGGAACCUCAACAACUCAGCCACAAAGUGGAGCAUGGAUGUUGGAUGGACAAGUACAUGGGUUAAAAUCAUUAAUGAAUGGCUUGCAGCCUCAAUAUACUUGUGGACAUUAAUUUCUCCAGUGGUGAGACAGGCAAAAGUAAGGAAUCAUGAAGAAGGUGUGCAAGAAGCAAAUGGUUCAGCAAUUCCUUGACAAUGAACUUCAGAACUUCGGGAAGAUUUUAUUUUUGUAUCCUCAUUAUUUUGUCCCAUCCAUUUUUUAUUAAAUACCUGUUCUUGUUGUUCUUUAUCUUAAGAUAGAAAAUGAUAAAAAGUGUC